UUUUUUUAUUAAAUCUUUCAUUUGGAAUAACUUGAUAUUUUUUGUUUUUUAUAAACCGCCGUUAAAGAAACUGUCUGCGAUCGUUCAGAAGUUAAUGUGUUUCAAAGUGUCUUUUGUCUUUCUUGUGAUAGGAUGCCGAAUGUUGCUUCUCGCAAUAAUACUAGCUCUAAUUUGAAGACACCAACUUAUUGUAGUACAAGUAGUGGAAAGUUUAAUGUCAGUUCUCCGUCUUCACAUACUAAACUCUCCAAGAUUCUCAAAAAUUGGCCUUAUUUGCGUCUUAAAGAAGCUGCAAAUGCUGCAAAAGGUUAA